AUGAUCUCGAAACAGGAUCAGAACCUGCUGUUCCCGCAAAACUAUCGCCCGAUCAGUCUUCUUUCGUCGACGACUAAGCUGGCUGGAAGAAUCAUCCUGCAAAGGCUCAACGAAGAAGUUGAGAACCGAAAUGUUCUGCCCAACAAACAAUUCGGCUUCACGAGAGAGCACUUCACCGAGUUACAGGCUCUGAGACUGGUUAUUUCCUGCCACCUUGGAGGAGAAUGGUCGGGAAAGGCACCAACGUGUAAAUACGUCGAUUGUGGCUCUCCCCCCAACAUUGAUAAUGGGCGAUAUGCUCUCAUCAACGACACAACCAGCGUUGGUAGCAUAGCCGAAUACACAUGUGCACCAGAUUACUGGAUGAAUGGUCAAAGAACACUGAGGUGCAACAGAGAGGGAAAGUGGUCGUCAGACGCCCCAUCUUGCGAAUUAAUCACCUGCGAAGAACCAGAAGUACCUGCUGGAAGCUACGUUGUGGGUUAUGACUUCAACGUCCAUUCUACCAUCGAAUACAAUUGCGAGGUCGGUCAUAUCCUGAUUGGCGAAUCAACACACGUAUGCAACACUGAUGGAGAGUGGUCAGGGAUCAUUCCUAAUUGUGAAUAUAUCGAUUGUGGAAAAGUUUCUGAUGUGUCCAAUGGGGACGUUCAAUACAUUAAUGAAACGACAUAUCUGAAUAGUGUAAUAAGCUACAGUUGCAAUAAGAAUUAUCGACUGAAUGGAGUACCAAAGAGAAUAUGCCUUGAGAGCAGAGAAUGGUCUGAUUCGGAACCUAAAUGUGAAGGCGCAGUUGUACAACGUCCAGCCUGGGGUAAAGAGCAACCCAACAAUUACAAUGGAGAACAAAACUGUGUGGUUUUAGAUGGCGGACAACACUGGUUGUGGAACGAUGUGGGAUGUAAUCUUGAUUAUUUGCACUGGAUAUGUCAAACUGGCCCUUUCUCUUGUGGGAGUCCUGACAAGCUGAUCAACACGACAGUAGUUGGUUCAAAUUAUGAAAUUGGCUCCACUAUUGAAUACAAAUGCCCCGAGGGACAUAAACUUGUAGGAGAUGAUAAAAGAAAGUGUGGAAAAAACGGAUACUGGAGCGGAGCUGCACCAACUUGCAAAUACCUAGACUGUGGCGAUCUUCCCGGUCUAGAUCAUGGAUCAGUAUCCAUUGAAAAUCAGAUAACUACUUACGGAUCCAAGGCUGUUUACACCUGUCACGAAAAUUAUACGCUCAUCGGGCACGAAGUAAGGAUUUGCGGUGAUGAUGGAAAAUGGACAAACUCUACUCCACUAUGUUUAUUCGACUGGUGCCAGGAUCCCCCAAGCAUUCAUGGUGGAAAAGUUACUGUUACAGGUCAUAGAGCAGGGGACACAGCUUUGUAUGUCUGUUAUCCAGGAUAUAUUAUUUUUGGAGAAGAGGUGAGUUUCACUCCAUUGUUCAAAG